CAUAAACUGCACAGCUCAGCAGUGUUCCCCCACUGCCGCAGCAGAUCCUGCAUGAGCUCUGCGUAUCUGAGUGGGAUGGGACUUUUAAAGGGGAACGCAACCUCCAGGGUCAGUGUGUGUGCACAUCCUCAGUCUGCCCUCCUCUCCUCCCUGUCCUCCUCUGCACCCCCCACCCUCCUCGAACAACCCCCGAGAAUUAUCAGUGUAAAGGACUCUUCACAAGAGAGACCCCCUCCACACACACAUAACUCUCCAUCCCCUUUUAUUCAUUUUCACACUACAGCAAAAGCUGCUUUGAGAUAUGAGUGUGCUCAAACCUGAAUGAGGAACAGUUUGCUCCACAGAGAGGCCAUCUCCUCUGGUGUGCUUUGAAACUUGUCACAGUAUCUCUGAAAUCUAAUUUCUUCUGAAAAUUAGGAAGGAUUUCUCCUGAUAUGUGUUGCCAAAAGAUGUAUUGAAGGCAUCGCAACAUGUAAGAUCAGAAAAGGGGACACUGUAAAGCUAAAUUAAGAAAAUCACAGACUUACUCUAAACGUUUAAGUCAAAAUGAUUCUUUGUCACCUGUGAAACAGUUAAAAAAUGUGCUUGAUUUAUUAUUAUCCAAAGCAGUAGUUAUGGAUCAUAUUUCAACCAAGUAUGUUGACAAAGCGUAAAACACAAGGCACACCACAGGAUUAUUGCACACAUAUCACCAACCAUUUUGACAAAUGAGCAAUAAUCAUGCAAUCAGUAAGUGAAUGUCACUAUCAAAAAGCUGCUUUCUCAACACUUGAGCUCAGAGUUUCACAAUUCUCACAGGUACAAAAUCCCCUUGAGUAAAGUGAAAUGUCCUUAAUCUGCAAUCCCUAUUACCUGCCUUUCAUUACCCAUGAUGCACUGCCGUACUGGUGCUAUUCUGCAGUGCGCUACAGUAAAGAAAAAUCUUGACCAACCAAAUUUGUCUUUUGUGCAUUGCACACAGUGAGAUCAUCCAUCAUUUAGUCAGCCAAUGAGGUUGAACUUCUCUUUCUGCAAUGUCUUUACUUCACAAAAAAUGCACUUGGCGGUUCACUCUCCCAGCUUUCAGUGAUGACGUUUGCAGUGCACUGCAUGGGCUCUGUAUGGAUAAUGGUGGCUCCAUUGUAAAUUCUGUACGUUUUAGGCAUCAGUGCCUUGGUUGCUCUCUGCAGCAGUGCAGCGCUCUGCUCUCCCCUCACUGCAGGAGCCAGCCCCCCCCAGUUGAACCCUGUGAUCCUUCGUCCUCUGGUGCAAAAUUAGGAGCCGCAUGUAUGUCAUAUUAACCCUGAACCCAUGAAGUCAAGGUGUAUUCUUACCUGUUUUAAGCUCAUUAGAGUUGAUGUUUUAUUUUAAGGCUUUUCUCCCUGAUUAGCUUGUAUCUGCCCUCAUGAGAUACGCCUCUGCUGGAACAGAUUGCUGAAUCAGUAAAACUCACAUAAUGGAGCAUCUCUGACUAUGGGGAUCUGAUACAUGAGGCUGUCCUCAUCAAUCAGUGUCAGUAUGAAUCAUAGGUAUGUAUCAUGCAAAAACUGCCAUCAGCUGAGAGUGGAGCAUCAUUCCCUGCAUGUAGCAUCUGCAUGCAGUGCUGCUACUGCAUCAGUCUGCCGAGGCUCGCAGCAUCUGUCCUCUCCUCUGUACUCUGUGACACCAGGGAAAAUGCCCCCGCCAGCAUAUCCCUCACAUAGCCCACGCCAUUCUCAGUAAUGGCAUCCCCUGUGAUGAAUAAGCCAUGAGGAGGGGCCCUUUUACAUGUCCUAUUAGAUUACCUCGCUAUGCUUUACCUGGCUACUGUCACCUCACCGCCUUUGGCUCUCCACUCUUCUUAAUAUUCUCUUGUUAGCCCAGCCAAGGGCAGAAUGUGUAAAUGUGUGUUAAGGCUCAUAGAUCAUAUGAGUGCAGAGAUUCAGAGUUGAGUCACCUAUGCAGUUCAUUGAAUGUGUACACACAUGGCUCUCGCUCAUGUUUAUGAUUUGCAUUAAGGCCUGACUGUUAGAGUUUUUGUAGUACCUAAAUAGGUGGUUGUUUUUUUGUGGCUGGCCGUCGUCAAUCCCUUAUGUCUUAUCAGACAAGCGCUGUAACCAAACUGACGUACUGAUUAUCUGAGGGGGGAAAAAAGGUUAUCUGUCAAGUAUGGACGUUCUUGACAUACACAGAUAAUGGGAGUCGAGUCCAACCAUCGGCUGGUGAGUUUGCGUGUCUUUUCUUUCCUUUUUUUUUUUGCCAUUCACAGCCCAUUCCUUGGCUCCAUUGAUCUGUCCGGAAAAGAUAAUAGACACAUUGAUUUACAAGCUCAGCAGCUUGCUAGGUUUACUCAUCAAUUCAGACUAAUUCUCAACAGAGGAGGAGAAUUGCCUUGACUGACAACUGACUGGGUCUAUGAAAGGUUUUGGGUGUAUAUUUCUGAAAAUCUGACAAGAUGUGAAAUAAAAGAAUAUUUCAGUGAGGAUAAUUGAUUAGGUAGUUAUAUGAGAUAUCCUCAGGGGAAACCUGACAUCGGCAAUGAAAAAUAGAGUCAGAGAAGAGGUAAUUGAGGCUAGCUAGCAAUAAAUUAUCUGUCUCUUCAGUCAGUCUGCCAUAGCGAGAGACUGAAUGAUGAUGAUUUUGUAGAAAAAGGUGCCUGGUGUGUUUCACUGCACCAAAUCGUCUUUGUUGACCUCAUUUUGUAAAGCUGAGCAGUUUCCUCCCAAGGCCAAGUGGAGUGAAAAAGACACACCGUCAACGACAAUACAGGUAGAAUGUGGUUGUAAAGAAAUGACUGUAAGCACAGAGAAGUACUGUUUAACAUUGAGGACAGAUUUAAUUUAUUUCACUGACAAAGAAAUAAAGAAAUACUCUUUUCCAUUUAACCAAAGAACUGUCACUGACAACAUUACUCACCUUGAUAUUAAAGAUCCUGUUCUGAAAGGCGGGCCGCGAUGUGUGAAACGUAUGAAGUGCGAGGAGUCAUCGGUUUCUCCCUCAGUACGAGAGAGAUAGUAAAAGGUCUAUGAUGGAUUGACAUUAUGAUGAGUGGCCGAACUUCUGACAGCUGGCUGCUCUGUUGUGGUGAAUGAGCAGCGGCUCCGUCAGUGUCAGCAGCAGUCAGCCAGUUUGCUCUCUGCACCGGUGUUGUAGUGAAGCAUAAUGCACAGAUCAGCCUUCACUGAGGGAGACUGCAGCCGAAGAGCCUUCAUUAGGACACCACAGGCCAGAAAUAUACAUUUCAAGUAUUCCUAUGUAAUAGUUUAAGAUAAACAGUAAAAGAAAUAGUUCCGUACGUUAUGUUUUGUCUGGAUUUCUCUUUGUGUAUUUAGUUACUGUAAAUGUGUAAACUGUAGGUAAAGUAAAUAUUUCUCUGUAUAGAGAAUAAAGACUUUGGACUUUGUGUUCAUCUUAUCUGUGGCAGUAGCCUUGUAUGUAGAUAGAUAAAUUACACCUGUAAAUAUGUAUUACUCUGAAGGCAGAGGCCAGUGUGAACUAAAAAACAAACAAAAUGAUCAUCUUGAAAGCAGUCAAGGACCUCACUCUGAUGAAAAAUAUCCUUCGCAGGGACCUGCCACACUCCAUCACUGUUCUUGGAGGAGUGUUGCAUAUCCUCCACAACAACUCGUGUCAUCUGGAGAUGUGUGUUGACUCCUGGCCUACAUUCACUACUGCCAUUUGUUACCGUCAAAAACAGCAUUUCGGCAGCAGCUCCGGGGUGAUUCCAGACAUAUGCACCAUCUUCACAAAGAACCCAGCAACUCUGAGAGGUCUGCUGCUUAAUGAGAGAGUCGUACACUGGAGGAACGGACUCAUAUUCAGAGGUAUACCAAGCUCACAUUGUCAUCUCAUAAAAGAACUGGCCUCUCUCAGUGGGCUCGAUAUCACAGAAUAUGGUGGUUAUAACACCUUCAUCCAUCAAAUCCCCGAGAAUACGGACUGGCAAGAGAAUGUGUUCCCGCUGCCAAUUUCCGUUCUGGACGAGUCCCACGCUGAGCUGGUGGACGCACACUUGCCUUAUGGAGGCAGCCAGGAGAGCCUCAACCACGUGAGAGCCUGUAUCCGCCAUCUGCCAAACCACUGUGUGACAGAUGAGAAGGGCCGGCCUGUGUCCUGGAUGCUGUCUGAUGAGCUGUGUGAGCUGAGGAUGGCCUACACCCUUACACAGUACAGACGGGCCGGGCACCUCCUGGCUCUGUCUCUGGUUCUGAUCCGCAGGAUGAUCUCCGUGGGUCUGCCUGUCUACUGCCACGUCCACCAGCAGAACCAGGCCACUAUUAACGCUGUGACCUCACUCGGCUUUGACGCUUGUCCCAGUAUGGAGAACAUCUCAGUGCUGCUAAUAUGCAAAGACAGAGUCUGACACUCAGGGGGAUGCUGCACUUUAGACAGUUUAGUCCAUUUCUGACAGCAAACUGUAAGUAGAACAAACUCCAAAAUAACAUUUUUCUGUGGCCUAAGGGUGGAUUUGAUGAAUACGCCAGCCAUGCUGCUCCUCUCUAUUCACUGUUUAAAAAUGGUAUGCGAAUGUCCCUCAGUAUGAAACAAUUCUGUAAGAACAAUACAAAUCUGUCACCAGUUUGACCCUCUGGCAUGUGCUCUUGAGGAAAAGACCCCUUAAUCUGCAGACCGCCCAAGGAGGCUCUCCUCCACCUGGAACCCUUCCCUGGAGGUGUGCUGUUCCACUGCUGAUUGCCUCUCUGUGUUUUAGCAGCAAUGCACCAUUCAAGUCUGCAGGCAACUUGACAAAUGAGCAGCGAUCUGAGCAGAGGGGAUGCUCGUACUGCACCACACAUCCUGUCCCAUCCACAUCCCCCUGUCCCGCAGUGGUGCACCUCUCUUCACUGACGCCCUUUCCUUACUCUAAACCAGCGAGAGCUCCUCUCAAAGUCAAACAAGUACAGCACACGUUAAAUACAUGUUUGCUGACGCAUGUACGCAGUUCACGGCGGAAAGAGUGAGUAAGUAAAUACAAGCCUGCACUUCUACCACUGCUUUUUCAACGACAUGUUAGACGGUUAUACCAAGUAAACUAUGCUUUUAAUGCUUAAAUAAUGUUUUAUAUUUUUAUUAUAUAUAUUUAUUAAAUAGAGCUGAAACAAUUAAUCAAUUAAUUAAACUGACCACUACUUUGUUAAUCAAUCAGUCAUCAUAACAAAAAACAUUUGCUCGUUCCAGAUUCUCCAGUGUGAGGAUUUGCUGCUCUUCUGUUUUUACAUCAUUGUAAAUUGAAUUAUCUUUUGGGUUUUUACUGUUAUUUUGACAAAACAAGACAUUUUAAUUCAUCACCUUUGGUUCUGGGAGACAUUUCAUAGACUAAUUGAUUCAUUUAGAAACAGAUUAAUCCACCAUGAACAUAAUCAUCAGUUGCAGGCAUCCUGUACAUUUUGUGUGUUAAAAUCUGUCAAAAAUACAAAUUUGAUUAACAGUUUGUGUAUCAUAAUUGUCAGCUACAAUUCUCCUUCAGAAAGAGAGACUAUACUGGUUAAAAUGUUUCCUCGCUGGGCCUCAUUAACAACAGGAACAAUAUACAAUCCUGCGUUAUAAUAAAUAACUAACCAGA